UAAUGGGGAAAAAAUAGCCGCAAGAAAAUCCCCACUGAUCUUCUCUUCCCCAAUCAACUCGAUCUCGUCUUCAAAAUGAUGUUAACUCACCGCAAAGCAACAUCUAGAAGUCGACUUACAAUGCUACGCCGAUGAUGUCGAAUAUCAGCCCUACCGGUCCAUCGAUGGGCAAUGGUCCUGUUAUUAGGAAACAACAAAGUACAGUUAGCUCUAGACUUGUCAGGUGUAUUUGCAUAACAGCCACCUUUGUAGUUACAGGUUGCGGACUUCUUGGUUUUGGACUUACUUGUGUUCUUUUGAGUGUAUUUGAUGAAAGAGCUGCUCCUUGCCCGUACAGCCUGACCAUCACAGUGUUUUCCGUAGCAGGUGGACUUUUUGGACUUAGUUUAUUAAGUUUUGUGCAUUUGUGUACGAGAAGGAAAAGAUUAAAGAGAGAAGCACUCUUAGAUACUCUUCCUGGAAAGGAGGAUGUAGCUCAAUAUAAGAAGAAAUCUUCCAUUGCGGGGGUGGAAGAGAUUGUGAUGCCCCCUUCUGAGGGUGGUGUAGGCGUUGAUGAGAAGAUAGAGGACGUAAAUGUCCACCCAACGGUGCCUCCCGCAAAUAACGAUGAAGUGGAAAACUUUGCAAUGACUCAAAAAUCAGCUGAUGUAUCUUAUUGGAUAGAACAACAAAAACCUGAUGAUAAUGCAAUGCAAGAAAGCUACCAUUUAGAAAAGGCAGAUGGCGCCACGACGAAUGAAGAUCCUGAAUCUGAUGGUGAAAUGACUGCACUAUGACCAUCAUAUUUAACACAUAAUUAUUCAUAAAAAAAGUUUUUGUUUCCUGUUAGAAAAUUUUAUUAAUAAAAUUUUUGUCUUUUUUUU